AUGGUGGCUUUAGACUUGAACAAAAUGCACGAUGACCUAGCCGGGGUCGAACAACAGAUUGGUGCCAUCAUCGAAUCAUUUGUUGAGCUUGGUGUCUCAGUUUACGAUUUCCCUGGGACAUCAGAAGCCGCGCAAGGAAUGAUGACGAACCUGAAGAGGAAUGUAGAUCGACUAGGAAAGUUAAACAAGCAGAGCAAUGAUCCAGAUUCACAAUUGAACUUGUUUCAGAUCCCAAUUGAAGUGCUACAGUAUAUUGAAGAUGGAAGGAACCCCGAUGUGUACACUAGAGAUUUUGUGGAAGCAAUAAGAAGGUCUAAUCAAUAUCAACGUGCCAAGAUGAAUGGCGUAAAACAGCUAAGAGACAAGCUAGCGCACAAAAUAGUGGAGGAGUUUCCAGACAUGGAAGCAAGUGUCAAGGAUAUAUUGAAUAGAACAGAGAGAUGA